AAGAUGGCGGCCUCCAGGGCUCUCAUGUGACUAGAAGAAAAGUGGAGGGUCUGCAGGAUCCAAACUGGGCGCUUUUUAAAGGAAUGGAGGUGAAAUCUGGAUCCCAAAGUCUUUAAAAAUUAAGGUUCCGACUUGUGUCUAGACGUAGUUUCCAUCAUGAACAACUUUUCUCAGCAAAAGAAGAGCAAAGGCUUGACAUUUGCAGAGAAGCAGUUGAAGAGACACGGCUGGAAAAAAGGUCAAGGACUGGGCAAGAAAGAGAACGGGAUUUCUGAGGCCAUCAAAGUCAAAGUGAAGUGUGACACUGCUGGGGUGGGUCACAAUUCAGCCGAGCAGUUCACCUUCCAUUGGUGGGAUCACCUCUUCAACUCCUCUGCUGCUAAUAUUGCUGUCGAGGCUGGACAGGAUGGUGUCAAGGUGAAACGGGUUUCUGAGCAGGAUGGAGAGAUAACAAAUAAAAAGCCCCGUAAAGUGUCAGGGGGCAAGGACAUGCUGUAUGGCCGCUUUGUGAAGGCAGCCACAUUGACGUCUGGCAAUGAGGAGCCCUUGAAGCCUGCUUCUUCUUCUUCUGACAGCAGUGAAGAGGAUGAGGAGGAAAAACUGGACCUGUCCACUGCUAGGAGGCUCACAGAUGAAGAACUGGUACAAGCUUGUGGGGGACGUACAGCACAUAAAGGGGCUCGCCAUGGCUUGACUAUGAGUGCAAAAUUGGCUCGCCUGGAAGAGCAAGAAAAAGCUUUCUUAGCCAGCUACAACAGGCAGGACGGAGCACCCGAGGCCAACUUGAAUUGCAGCAGCAAAACCAAGAGAAUGAAUCCAACCAAGAAAAAGAAGCGGAAGAAAGCCAGAGAGAGAGACCUGGAGGAUGCAGUUUGUGAGGAUGUGAGGGCUGCAGGAGAAGAGGACCCUUUGGAAGACCAAGAGGAGGAGGAGAAAGCCAAGAAGAGGAAGAAGAAACAUAAAAGGAGGCAGAAGAAUGGAGAAUGAAAUGCUGCCCAGGGAAACUGCAAGAGCCUCAUGGUGGUGAUGCUGAAAUUGCUAGUAGGGGGAGGGAAGUCUCACAGUGCAGAGAGGGGUAGGUGUGCAGGUUGCAGGCACGAAACAGUAGUGCGCUCUCUCCUGAUUCCUGGUGGAUCUCAUAUCCUAUGUUUGUUCUGGGAACAGUUUUUUAGUAGUUAGUUGUUAAGAGUUUUGGUAAAUUAUAGUUGGUGCCUUGAUCGCUCCAUCCUUGGGGAAAGACUCUUAAUUGAAAAAUUACUUUUAAUGGGGGAGAGGACAUCAAGACGUUUCUGCAACAGCAGAAAAAAUUGAGAUGGAUAACCAGUAGGAAAUAAAUACUAGAGAAGAGAUGAAG